GGAUGGCCCUAGGAUUGGAUGCUCUGCCAGCAAUGAAAGUACAAUCGUAUCCGGUCCUAAGAGAUCUAUGUUUGUCACACGUUGGUCUGGGCCAGUCGAUUCGGUAGGCGGCAGCUGUCUAUGGAGACAAAUCGAGAUAAUAGUACAAGCGAUUAGAUGACACAAUAUUAUCAUAUCAAGCUAGACCUGCAAUCUUCCCGAUGUGACCAUCCAUUGGUGCAUAGUCGCUGUUCCUAGCCGUGUCUAGAAUAGGUGCGUUUGCUGUACACCGUUCUGUUUCCCAUCCUAUUAUUAUGUUCAUCAUCAUUGUUAUCUUAUUCGGAGGGAAGCGAUACGAGCCUCAAAAACGCAAACUAAAAAAACGUCCAGGUUUGCGUCUGUUACUCAGUUGAUAAGCCUGUUGUAAGUCAGUUACGAGUCUGUCGUUGGUAGUUUGUGUGUAGCCAGGAUGCUGUGGCAGUCCGCAGAAAGCGCCUGAAAAUGCUGAUCACGGAGGAGCACGCCAGCAGGCGCGGAAAAGCCGCGCACUCGCAGAGCAAAGCUACGCGUUCGAAAUUAGAUGGUUUCGCAGACAGCAGGCCAUCCACUGGUAUUGCCACUGCUGUACUGUGAUCACGUUGAUGGCACUUGCGCCGCCCCCAGCGGCACCCAACGCCCCGCCCAUCCGACUCACAAAAGCGCACGCUGCAGGCAAAACCUCGACACAAAGCGACGCAACACCCUGACCAGAGCACGAACGCCUCCUUAAGACGGAACACCCAACAGGUCUCAACACCAGUUCCAGAAACAGGGGUAAUGGGCCCACCAACGGCACAGCCCGUCCGUCUGUAGGAAACCUACCUCACUAUCACCCUAUAUCAGCACCCCUCCCUAUAGAUGGGGCUCAGUGACAGAUUUCACAGCAUUACACGGGACUAUCGAGUGGAAAACUACCUGCGGUCACGAACGUGCCCUAUCCGUCGAAUCACCAGGCGCGGCGGCCGUCUUUGUGAACGUUUGUGCAAGUUGAUAGAACAACACACGGAGCACCGUUUUCUCUUGGUAUUGCCGAACCGUUCCUCUUCCGCAUGCUCAUCGUCAUCAUCAUCAUUAUUAUUCUGUCUCUUGUCGUAAGCACGAAGAACUCCGUGAAACGUAUUGCCCCGUUGCUAAAAGCCAAAUAACGAAUACGGUAGAUACACUGAUCGCGUUAAGUGCUUGGUUCGACGGAUCAGCAUCUAUCAGCUCUCGAAUCAGCUCUGAUUAGUGGGUGACCGAUUUGAUCAGCUGGUGACGAAGCAGGCUAUCGUUGUCAAUACCGACAGUAUAGCCAUCAGCACUAAUAACGAUGAAAAUGCGAGCGCUGAGCGCACUAAUGUUUGCAUCGCUUGCCACACAGGGGCUUGGUAAUCGGUUGCAAGAUGAAAACUUGUGCCCCCAAAUUAAGCGCCGACAGGAAUGGGGCGCACGUCCACCCAAGAGUAAGAUCUUCGUUAGAACAGUCGCAGGUAAUGUAAUCAUACAUCACAGCCAGGGUCCCAGCUGCGUCACGGAACACACGUGUAAAAGCAUCGUACGAACAACUCAGCUACAGCACGUUCAGACAAAGGGAUGGGACGAUAUCGGGUACAACUUCCUUGUAUCUGAAAAUGGGCAGGUAUUUGAAGGGCGCGGGUGGGGUGUGGAAGCCGCCGCCGCUAUGGGUCUUUCUACCCGCGCUUUACAUGUUGCCCUGAUCGGAACGUUCAACCACCGUGCCCCGGCCGAAGGCGCUCUUAAAACUGUGGCCAAACUGAUCGAGUGUGGCGUUGAAUUGGGUAAAGUACAUCCGGAUUACAAAAUUUCCGGUCACCGUGAUGUCGAACCUACAGCCUGUCCAGGACAAAAACUCUAUGAUCAGGUGCGAAAUUGGACGAGAUACGUGAAACGGCCUUGAGCCAAUGAAGCCGUUUGUUAUGUGCUCAAGUAACGCGAAUAACUAAACGAUCAGCUCCAGGAAGAGCAGCUAUCACGCGCAAUAUAAAUAAUGGACUUUCGAUGUAUUUGCUUUAACGAUAAAUGUGCUUUACUGUACCCACAAUGAACGCUAUCACGGUUUGUUACGACACAGCGUGUUUGUCUGUAGAUAGAUGUAAAUCUAUCUACAGACAUUUAUAUACUAGUUGUAUAUAUACAACUUGAGCAAGAAUUUGGUAAGUGAUUUAAGAAGCGAAGAGUAUUUCCACUUUAUUAGCUGAACUAUCGUACUACUCAGUGUAUAGAUCAGUUCCUCUAUAGGUAUGUUUAAACAACUGUAGCAGUUGAAAAGAGGUGACUAACGCGAGGUUUAUAGAAUAGCGUAAAGAUAUACAAAUAUAAAAAUUAGCAGACGUAAUUUAUUUCGAUUGUAAGAUUACAUCUGUAUAAGCAUGAUAAUGGGAUUAUAUGUUGUAUAAUAACACUUAGCAUUUAUUCUCUACUGCAGAACUUUGAAAAUAGGCCAAUGUGAGCAUCUUAAGAGGUUUAAAAGUGCACAAAAAAAUGAUCCCAUCUUGCAAUGUGUAUUUAUUGUAUAUAAAGGUGGAUGUAUAUAUAUCUAUAACUGCGCUCAACGCACAGCAACGCGGAGCGGUGACAAACACAUUGUCAUUGCAUUGUAUUCCGUUCGCGCUACUGCCAGAUAUGCGCGCAGCGACCUACUAUCAAUGCUCCUCUCUAAAACGGUGGCAGAAUAAUUAUAUGUACUUCGCUAAUACUCUUUGUAUUUAAAUUAUUGUCGUAUAUAUAUAUUUUACUUUUAGGUACAUUUCGAUUAAGUAGCCAUACGAUGUACAUGUAUAUCUAAUUAAUAAAAAUGCGUUUACUUGA